AUGGAUGCUGAAGAACUGAUCGAGUCCAUCAUCAGGGCGCUGAUGUUCCUCGCGGGGAUGCUGGGGAACAACUGGCUGGUGAUCUGCUCCGUCCCCAGGAAGAAGUCCACGAUCCGCACCAAUGAACUUCUGCUGAUCAACCUGGCCGUCUCCAACCUCAUCACCAACUACCUGGUGGACCUGCCCGACACCAUCGCAGACUUCGCCGGACGCUGGUUCCUGGGCGAGACCUUCUGCGGAGUCUUCCGCUUCUGCGCCGACCUCUCAGAGACCAGCAGCAUCUUCACCACCUUCUUCAUCUGCAUCUUCUGGCACCAGAAGCUGGUCGUCUCCCUCAAAGAAGGCGGCGCGGUGGUGCAGAUGGACAGCUUGUCUCUAGUGGGCGGCCUUGUGGCCAGCAGCUGGACAGUGGCGGUCAUCUUCAGUACGCCUCACUUCUUCUUCGUGGCAGUGGUGGGGGGCAACGAGAGCCAUGAGGACUGCAUCGACGUCUUUCCAAACUACGUCGCCCAUCAGACCUAUGAGAUCUUCUACCUCACCCUGGCGAAUGCCGUCCCCGCUGCAGGGAUGUUGUUCACCAGCAUCCAAAUUAUCAUCAGUCUUCUGAAGAACAAUCGCCGCAUUCAGGGCCAUCAGUCACACCUCAACAAGGAAGAGAACAAAAGUAGAGAGACCAACAGAAGAAAAACAGACAGCGCAGUUUGUGACGCUGCACCCGAUGGUGGUGUUUACAUCGGAGAGCCAGCCUCAGGCCAAAGCUUUGCUUCACCUCUCAGCUCACAGUCGCAUCAAGGUGUCGGAAGUGCACCUUCAAGGCCCGGCCAGGUAGCAGCACGGUCCAGUCCAGGCACCAACAAUCUGCUGAGGGCAGCCAAGAGCGUGGUGGCUGUUGCCAGCGUGUUCCUCGUCUGCUGGCUGACUCAUCUGCUUCUGCGCAUCACCAACAACUUCCACACCUCGUCCAUCGUGGUGGAGGUGGCCAGCUACAUCGCCGCCUCCUACACCUGCAUCAUCCCCUUCAUUUUCCUGCACAGCAUCAGAAAGCUCUCCUGCGUGUGCAAACGCUAG